GAUCCAAUCCGGUGCAAGAAAACAUCCCGACUUCCUGCUUCUGCAGCUGGUGGUUCUGGUUCUGGUUCUGGUUCGACAGGUGGGAUCCGCAGURUCAAAGGAGGAGGUUUCCCAGUCUAAGACCUGAUGAUCGUGCGUCAGUUCACCUGUAGAGCUUCUCUGAACACUCACCUGAGAGAGCUGAGGUGUAUCCAGAACAUGUCCCGACCCAGUUCAGACAUGGCGGCGUUCCGGGAGAUCUUCUCCAAAGCCAACAACAUCGCCAUCAUCACCGGCGCCGGGGUGAGUGCCGAGAGCGGCGUGCCCACCUUCAGAGGAGCCGGAGGCUACUGGAGGAAGUGGAACGUCACGGACCUGGCCACUCCGAAGGCCUUCUCCCUGAACCCGUCUCGGGUUUGGGAGUUCUAUCACUACCGUCGUGAGGUCAUGCUCACCAAGAACCCAAACCCGGCUCACCUGGCCAUCGCMGAGUGCGAGGAGCGGCUCGCCGAACAAGGCCGAAAAGUGACCGUUAUCACCCAGAACAUCGACGAGCUGCACCGCCGGGCCGGGUCCAAAAACAUCCUGGAGAUCCACGGCAGUUUGUUCAGAACGCGCUGUAUGACCUGCGGUCACGAGGCGGCCAAUCACAGGAGCCCCAUCUGCGCCGCUCUGAGGGGCAAAGGAGCUCCAGAACCAGGAACACAGGACGCCCAGAUCCCCGUCGAUCAGCUUCCUCAGUGUGAGCAGRGCGGCUGUGACGGCCUCCUGAGACCAGCUGUGGUUUGGUUCGGGGAGGCUCUGGACUCUGGCGUCCUGUCCAGCGCAGAGCGAGCGUUGGACAGCUGCGACCUGUGUCUCGUGGUYGGCACCUCGUCGGUCGUGUACCCGGCGGCCAUGUUUGCUCCCCAGGUGGCRGCCAGAGGCGUCCCCGUCGCCGAGUUCAAUAUGGAGAACACGCCGGCCACUCAGCGCUUCAAGUUCCACUUCCAYGGACCCUGCGGGACCACCUUACCCCCGGCUCUGGCACGCCACGAAAGUGAAGGAGUCUGAAACCCGAUCCAUCGGCAGACGGAUAGUUUUAACCAAAAGAGRACAUUUAUUUAAAAUUCCCAACUGCUUAAAAGUGAAAAGUGGAGACAUGAAGAGCAACAAAGUGUCGUUGCACCAGUAGGGGGCAGCGUGGAGCUGCUGCAGGAUCUGUGUGCAGAGGCUGCUCUCUUCUCCAACAUCUGCAGUCCGAACAGAUUAACUAAAAGACUUAAAGUUAUGUGCAAUACCAUAUUUAUCAAGGAAAAUCAAUCAGCUCAAAGGGUUAAAACUGAAAAAUAAAAUCAUAAACCGAUGAUUGUCAA